CCUGGCGCCACUCCUCUUCUUGCCUCCCCAACUCCCACCCCUCUCCUCAGCCCUCCCACCUGCUCUGACUGGCUGCUGAGCUUGUAAGACCUGGAGCUCAGGUCUUGCUCGGGCCUGGCAGCAGCCACACAUCUCUACGCCACCUGGAGUUUGAAGCAGACCUGUGCUUCAUCCACUGGACCUUCUGGCUUGCCUGGAGCGUCCCCAUGGCCUAAGCACUUUCAUUUGCUUCUGUUUCUUCCAGCAGAGCGGGGUGGGGGAGGGGAGAUAUGGUUGCCCCCAGGCAGCUGUGGCUGACCCCUGUAAAUUCUGCUCUGGGCCUCUAAUCCCCUUUGUAAUUUGAAGCCCCCAGAUGGAGAGGUGGGCUGGACUCUGGUGAUGCUGGCCUCAACCCUGGGCCCUGACCUGCUGAACCAACUGGGCUAUGCUGGGGCCACUAAGGCUCCUGUCUCCCGGACAUUUGUGCAGGCCUCAGCAGGAGGCCUCGAGUGUAUGGCAGUUCUGUUGUCCCUCUGUGUUGGGAGGGGGCAGUGCCUGUUGGCAUGUGCAGGCUGUGCUGACAGCUACUAAGGGGUCCAGACUCAGGGAAACAUGCCAGGGCUGAGAGAAUGGCUCACUGUGUCCAUUCAGCUUGUAUGGAACCCAGAAGCCCCAUGCGGGGAGAGGGGGAGGUGUGGGCAGCUGUGGUGCAGGGCAGGGACCUCGUGUGAGGCUGAGGUGGCUGGCACAGCCUUGCCAGGCAUCCAUCGGACUCCCGUCUCACCUGGGUGUCCUCUCUUCAUACCCUACUCAGCUCAGACGCCGUGGGUGUGCAUGGUCCCUGGUCAUCUCAUCCUGGUCAGUGCUUGUGUUGGGUCCUGCUCCUGCCACCUGCACCCCUACUCCCUCGGCACGGACCAUGGGACCCACACCCAUGCCAGCCCGCAAGGUGCUCUUUCAGCAGGAGCGAACAGGCCUGACAUACCGCGUCCCUGCACUGCUCCCCGUCCCCCCUGGGCCCACCCUGCUGGCUUUCGCUGAGCAACGGCUCAGCCCAGAUGACUCCCAUGCCCACCACCUGGUACUGAGGAGGGGCACGCGGGCAGGGAGCUUGGUGCAGUGGGGGCCCCUGUGCGUGCUGGACACGGCCACCCUGCCUGGCCACCGCUCCAUGAAUCCCUGCCCUGUGCGUGACGCCAGCACCGGUACCAUCUUCCUCUUCUUCAUUGCUGUGCGCGGUCGCACUCCUGAAACUCUGCAGAUACGCACAGGCAAGAAUGCCGCCCGCCUCUGCUGCGUGGUCAGCCGCGAUGCUGGCCUUAAGUGGGGAGGUGCCCAGGACCUCACCAAGCAGGCCAUAGGUGACGCCGAGCAGGGCUGGGCCACCUUCGCCGUGGGCCCAGGCCAUGGUGUACAGCUGAGCUCUGGCCGCCUGCUGGUGCCUGCGUACACCUACCGUGUGGAUGGCCGCGAGUGCUUCGGGCACAUAUGUCGUACCAGCCCCCAUGCCUUCGCCUUCUUCAGUGAUGACCAUGGCCACACCUGGCACUGCAGUAGCCUUGUGCCCAACCUGCGCUCGGGUGAAUGCCAGCUGGCGGCGCUGGGUGGAGGCCUGCUCUAUUGCAAUGCCCGCAGUCCCCUGGGCCAUCGCCUGCAGGCCCUGAGUACCGAUGAGGGCAGCUCCUUCCUAGCCGGCCAGCUGGUGCCCAGCUUGCCUGAGACCGCCCGGGGAUGCCAGGGUAGCAUCCUAGGCUUCCCAGCCCCGUCCCCUGGCAGGAGUGCUCCUGAUGAGCCAGAGUCCCCAGAAGAUGAGGAAAUCCCUGGUGGGGACCUCUCCUGGCUGCUGUAUUCUCACCCCACGGGGCACAGGGCACGUCUGCACAUGGGCAUCCGCCUGAGCCGCUCGCCGCCAGAUCCCCGCAGCUGGACAGAGCCCUGGGUUAUCUAUGAGGGCCCAAGUGGCUAUUCCGACCUGGCCUGCCUUGGGCCAGUCCCCAGAGGCACACUGGGCUUUGCCUGUCUGUUUGAGAGUGGGGCCAGAGUCUCCUAUGAGGAGGUCUCCUUUUGCGAGUUCUCACUGCAUGAUGUCCUGGAGAAUGUGCCUCCUGACCAUGUGAACGAGGCAGCCGGACACUGCUGGCCCUGCUGACAGCCCAGGAUGGGCAAUGUCUGAUAGGUGGGUCAG